AAAAAGGAACUAGAGAAUAUUCGAUGCAAUUUCUUUGUGUUUCCAUUGAAAAUGGAAAUGCGCAUGUCCAAUGCAAUUUAAUUUGAAUGCUGGCGCCACACCACACCCGCAGAUAGAUCGUGAUUGGCUCGAGGGUUGGACUGGGAAAUAUUUCAUCUGACAACACAGUUACCCAAUUGUCAAAACAAAAUGUCUUUUUAUUCGUGUUGAUUCUUCCCUGAAUAUUAUUUUUAGACAUUUUACGUUUUAUCCAAUGCAGUUUUUCCGGAAAGAUCUUUUCAUUUUCAUUUUGAGGUGAUAACCGGUGAAGAUGUUGAUAAGACGGGUGCACAGGCGCGACGUUUCGCGGUGCAUAAGCCUAUUCGGCGCGGGGCACCGUCAGUUUUCGAGUCGCUUAGAUGGCCUGGAUCAUGAAGAGAAGCUGGACGGGUGCCUGGAGAAGCUGCCGGCGGAGGCGAAGGUGGUGAUAUGCGGCGGGGGUGUGAUGGGGGCGGCGGUGGCGUACCACCUGGCGAAAAGAGGCUGGGGCGACAAGACUAUACUUAUCGAGAAAGAGAAGGUCGGUGCCGGCAGCCGCUGGCACUCCUCAGGGCUCAUUGGCGCUUUCAAACCGUCCCUGGCCCAGGUCAAGCUGGCGCAGUCCUCUAUCAAACUCCUCGAGGAGUUGGAGACGGCUGGACGGAACACGGGGUGGAAGCAGUGCGGGUCCCUGCUGCUGGCGAGGAAUAGGGAUCGCAUGACGGUAUAUAGGAGGAUGAAGAGCCAGUCUGUUUCAUGGGGCAUCCCUUGCGAGCUAGUCUCCUCCGCUCGCUGCCGGGAGCUCUGCCCGCUCCUGAACGUGGAAGACAUCUUGGGCGGCCUCUGGAUACCUGGCGACGGUGUAGCUGACCCUCAUCUAGUUUGCAUGGCGCUUAUUAGAGAGGCUGUAGCUAAGGGUGUCGGCGUAAUGGAGAACUGCUCCUUAACCGCCGUGCACUCCAAAGACGACCGAGUGGCGGGCGUGGAAACCAGCCACGGGUCCAUACAGUGCCAACACUUUGUCAACUGCGCGGGCUUCUGGGCGAGGCAGGUGGGACAGCUCGCGAAGCCCCAAGUGAAAGUGCCUCUACUGCCUUGCGAGCAUUACUAUCUGCACACGAAACCGAUUGACGGACUCGACCCCAUGACACCAGUGGUACGAGACCCGGACGGGUACAUAUAUAUGCGGGAGAGGGACGGCUGCAUUCUAGCGGGCGGGUUUGAACCUGUCGCCAAGCCUGUCAACGAGGAGGAAAUUGACACGGUGGCCCGAAGAUGCGUCCAAGAAGACUGGGACCACUUCCACGUGUUGCUGCAACAGUUGCUGCGUCGCGCGCCGAGCCUCGCCCAAGCGCAGCUGCACAAACUGUGCAACGGGCUGGAAGCCUUCUCGCCGGACUGCAAGUGGAUCGUGGGCGAGGCGCCUGAGAUGUUCAAUUACCACGUAGCGGCCGGCAUGAAGACCGUAGGCAUAUCAGCGGCCGGCGGCGUAGCCGAGGCGACCGUAGAGCAACUCACGGACGGCUACACGCGCUACGAUAUGCACGAGCUCGACAUCAACCGGUUUCUGGGCCUGCACAACAACAAGCGCUUCCUGAGGGACCGGAUCAAAGAGGUGCCUGGUGUCCACUACGGCCUACCGUACCCGUUCCACGAGUUUCAAACCGGUCGAAAUCUGCGCAUGUCCCCCAUAUACCCCACAUUACGUGACAACGGGGCCGUGUUCGGCCAAGUCAUGGGCUACGAGCGGCCCACGUGGUUCGAGCCCGUCGAAAAAUCACCCGACGACACGCUAAAACCUCGCCCGUUCAAGAUCGCCUACACGAUGACGUUCGGCAAGCCGCACUGGUUCGACACAGUGCAGCGCGAGUACUGGGCCUGCAGGGAGGCCGUGGGCCUUGCGGAUUACUCCUCAUUCACGAAGAUAGACCUGCAGUCGAAAGGCCGCGAGGUCGUCGACCUACUCCAAUACCUGUGCUCCAACGACGUGGACGUGCCCGUCGGCUCCAUCAUACACACGGGCAUGCAGAACGAGAGGGGCGGAUACGAGAACGACUGCAGCCUAGCCAGGAUAUCGGACAACCACUACAUGAUGAUAGCCCCGACAAUCCAACAAACCCGCUGCAAGGUGUGGAUAAAGCGGCACCUGCCCCGCGACGGCUCCGUGACGCUCUCCGACGUGACGCCGAUGUACACCGCCAUCUGCGUCAUGGGGCCCUUCACCAGGAACCUCAUGUCCGAGCUCACCGACACGGAUCUGUCGCCGAGCAACUUCCCCUUCUUCACCUUUAAGGAGUUGGACGUGGGUCUGGCGAACGGCAUUAGAGCCAUGAAUCUCACUCACACCGGCGAACUUGGCUACGUACUCUACAUACCUAACGAGUUCGCGCUGCACGUGUACCAACGCAUCAUGGCGGCCGGGGCCAAGUAUGGCAUAAGCCACGUCGGCUACUACGCGUCGCGCGCUCUACGCGUGGAGAAGUUCUUCGCGUUUUGGGGCCAAGACCUGGACACCACCACCACGCCCCUGGAGUGUGGGAGGACUUGGCGCGUCAAGUUCCAGAAAGACAUCCCGUUCAUCGGUCGCGCGGCGCUCGAACGCCAACGCUCGGAAGGCAUCCGCCGGCAAUACGUCCAGCUGCUACUGACCGACCACGAGCACGAGCUGGACCCGUGGUGCUGGGGCGGCGAGCCCAUCUACCGCGACGGCGUGCAGUGCGGCUCCACCACCACCACCAGCCACGGGUUCACCUUCAAGAAACAGGUGUGUCUCGGUUUCGUCCAGAAUCUUGACGAAAAUGGCGUCGCGCAACGAGUCACCAACGACUACGUGCUCGGCGGACAUUACGAAGUUGACAUAGCCGGGAUCAGAUACGCAGCGAAAGUGAAUCUCCAUUCGCCCAACUUGCCGACCAAGUACCCGGAUAAGGAGCGCGACGUGUACCAGGCAACCAGGAAACACGACCAACACCUGGGCAGGCACUACCAGCCCUAGUUUUCCAAAAUAUGCUGUUAAAACUUUUUGAAACUUUCCCGAGAAUUGUAAUUUUAAAAAGGUAAGCAAGGCUUGGAACCGGUUUUUUCUUCGUACAAAAAAUACCGGUAUUAUUACGUUCUUUUUCGUUAUUUGGUUUUUUAUUUCAAUUUUAAUGGGACAAUGUAAUAAUACGAAGUUGUUACCUAAAUACAUGAUUUAGUCCUAUGUAAAGAGCAUAAAAUAUUUAAUAAUAUCGGGCCAUAUCGGGGUUUAGAAAAAAAACCGGCUCCGAGCCUUGAAGGUAGGUUCCUGUUUUGAAUAGAUUCGCGUAGGACGUGAGAAAAUUCAGAAGUUUCCGUGUUAAGGUUGUUUAGCAAUUUGAAAACUUGGUAUUAAAAAAGAAUUGGUAUUUGCACAUAAUGUACAUGGCUGUCGAGUUUAAUACCUAAAAGCGGAGAAGGCUAGAGUCUGACCCUCUGUUUGUUCUAUUCAAUCGGUGCAAAAUUAGGUUAGACGGGGUCUAGUUGGCACUUUAUGUUUUACCUGUUAGGAUUUGUGUAAAUAUGUACCCCCUUAUUCAUAAACGCGCUACAAACCGCAAUUAGCUAAUAAUCGUUUGUCCUUAUCUGUCAUUUUGACUUAUGUAUUUGUAAGAAUGGGAUAAAACAUAAUUUAACUAAAUCAGGCUCGUAAAGUUUUAUGAAUAAGGGGGUUAAAUAAACUGUAUAUAAUCAUUCUUUGAUAUGUAUAUUAUCAUUAUAACAGAAUUUUAUAAAUAAUAUAUAAAUGACGCCAAGCGUCAAUCUUGCCUUAUUAUGGACUAGCUCAAUUUUUGAACUGUAUUAUUAGUUGAAAUUAAGCAAUAAGAAGCCAAUUGUGAGUAGGUAAGUGUCAAUUUUAUGAGUAAUUAAUAAA